UUCAUCAGGUUAAACUUUGUUAAAGUAAGAAAUCAUUUUAAAAUAUAAUUUACUGAACCUAAGUAUCAUGUGGAAGUGGGAAAUUUUCGCCCUUGUGGGACUGAUCAUUUGUUCGGUGACAAAUUGCACCGUUGAAAAAAUCGAUUGUACCGAAAAUGGAACCCAAGCCGACUGCCCCACAUAUUGUCCAGAGACAUGUGAAUACAAGGGCAAGAGUAAAUGCCUUUUGAUAUGCGGAGGUCCUUGUGUCUGCAAGCCAGGAUAUGUUAUCAACCGGGAUAUUCCCGCCUGCGUUCUGCGAUCUGAUUGCCCACAUCAUAUAGUGCAAGGACCAGGAGGCCGAAGAAUUUCUAACUUCGAUUGCUUCAGUGGAAUAAAUUCAUGUAGUCAAUUAAAUAUUUAAGCUAUCUAGUAUAGGCGCAGUUGAUACUGUUUACCUAUAGGCACCUUGAGACCAAAGAGGUUCUUUGUACAUAACAGGUCCAAAUAGACUUUACUUAAAAUUUGUUUACACUUAUAGGUUUGUUCUGUGCAGGAAAAGAUUGUCUUUUCAUUCGAAAAUUUGUUUAUUAAAAAUUAUUCAAUAUGUUUAAGAAUUAAUUUAAUUUUUUAUAUACAAGUAUAAAUAGUUUUAAUCCCAAUACUUUGAUAUCUGCCCUCCUCAACAUAUUUUCCACUGACUGUUAAUGCUACACGUGUGCGGUACAUUUGUUGCUUUCAAUGAUGCACCAACAACCACAAACUGUUUGGUAUUUUUCCCAUUUUGCAGCAGCGUAAAACUAAAAUCCCCGAAUUAUGCAACAAAAAAUUAAUUAAACACAAUUUAGUUUUGUCCCCUGGAGAUGAACGUGAGCCGCAAAAAACCGCGUUGCGCGAAAAUCUCUGCGGUUUCUAUCCACAUAUACUAUCUGAACAAGAACAGUACAGCUUCCAUAACUACGACAAAUAUGAAAUCUAUUGUACUAAAAAUAUUGUUUUCAUGUUUUUUUAAAUUCUUUUGUUAUACUUUUACAAAUAUUUUAAAUAUUUUUUUUUUAUUUUAUAAGUUAACAACCUGCUUUUAUUGUAAAAUUAAUAGAAUAGUCUCGAAAGCUAAGAUUAAAAAGUUUAACUAAAGAGAGACAUUAAAAGUACUAUAUUAGUUGUUGUACUAAUAUAAUAAUAAA